AUGUCUUUUCCUCUGGUGGUUGGCCUUAUUUUAGGUUGUUCAGUGUGUCUCUUCUCCUUCAGGAAGCACAAGAGUUUCUAUUCAUUGCCUAUCUGUAAAACCGAGAUAAACAAGUUGUGUGAAAAACCAUCCAGGAUGGACCGUGAAAUAGCUGAUGCCAAUGAAAUACCAAUCGCCCUGAAGGGUCAUAAAUAUCCGGCAAAGAUGCACAACUUGAACGUCAAGAAACAUUUACUAAAAAGAAACCAGAAGUUAUCCACUGAAUCGACAGCCGUUUUCAUCGUUGGAGAAGAAUUAGAAGGCGUCAAAUACUGUGAUAUCACCAAGGAAUUUAGGCAAGAUCGUUACUUCUACUAUCUUUCUGGUGUCAACAUUCCUGGUUGUUCACUACUGUACAACUUCGUUAGCGAUAAGCUAACCUUAUUUCUGCCAAAUGUUGAUUGGGACGACGUAAUUUGGAGUGGCUUACCUUUGAGUAUUGAGGGUGCUCUCAAGGAAUUUGAUGUAGAUGAAGUUUAUCAUUCUGAUAAACUUGAAGAGGUUUUUGAUAAGGAACUUCGUGGCUAUACUAUUUUCACCACAGAUCUGGACAAUGUUCAUAGCGAAAAACUGAGAGAGAAAUUGACUCCAUCGGCAGAAGAGUUCUUUUACGCCCUGGACGAAUCUAGAAUUAUUAAGGAUUGGUUUGAGAUCGAGACAAUUAGAAAAGCUUGCAACAUAUCUGAUAAAUGUCAUUUAGCAGUCAUGCAGGCACUUCCAAUUGAAUUAAAUGAAGUUCAGAUACAGGCUGAAUUCUCGUAUCACGCCACCCGUCAAGGUGCGCGUUCCAUGGGUUACGAUCCUAUCUGCUGCUCGGGACCGGCAUGUGGGACUUUGCACUACGUCAAAAAUUCAGAGGAUCUGGCUUAUAAGUCUUCCAUCCUGAUCGAUGCAGGUGCUGAGUGGAAAAACUACACAAGCGAUGUGACAAGGUGCUUCCCAAUUUCGGGGAGAUUUACUAAGGAGCAUCGUGAUAUUUACGAAACUGUCCGUGAUAUGCAGAAUCAAGUCAUGGAAAAAAUCAAACCUGGCGCUUCAUGGGAGAGCCUUCAUAUUCUUUCUCACAAAGUGCUUAUCAAGAAUUUAAGAAGACUGGGUAUUUUUAAGAAAGAAUUCUCAGAAGAAGAGAUCUUUGAGAGAAAGGCCUCAUGCGGUUUCUAUCCCCACGGGCUUGGUCACCUCCUCGGAUUGGACGUUCAUGACGUGGGUGGGCAGCCCAAUUACGAGGAUGCGGACCCCUACUUCAGGUACCUCAGAUUGCGUCGCCAACUUGAACAAAACAUGGUGGUCACGAACGAGCCUGGCUGUUAUUUCAACGUGUUUUUGAUUAAAGAGUUUCUGGAGAAAUUUCCAGAGAGAGCAGAAGUGGUGGAUAAGCAAGUCCUCAAGAAAUACAUGUACAUUGGUGGAGUUCGUAUCGAGGACGAUAUCCUCGUCACAGCUAACGGAUAUGAGAACUUGAAUAAGAUCACUAGCGAUCCAGAUGAAAUCGAGAAAAUUGUUUCGAACGGUUUGUCGAGGAAGCGCUCCGAAUUUCACGUCGUAGUAUAA